CCCUUGGGUGCCGAGGGUGAUAUGGGUUGGCUACCGGCAUUGAGGCUCUCGGCCUCCAGCACGCCGUCAUGGUUCUCCACAGGACGCGGGCCGCUCUGCAACUGAGAGGCAGUGUCAGGCACGGUACAUGUGUGUACCUGCUGCCUCCAUCACACCCUUACCGCCGUUGCGGCUACGAUGGGCGUCUGCGGCAAGGCAGCCCUAUCACGGGCAUGUCGAGAUCUAGAUCUGCGGCCCAGACAGCCCAUACCACAGACGAGGGCCGCAAGUACAGGUACAUGCUGGAUUAGCCGGUCGUACCUGCAUAUGGCUUUGAUCCACCCCCAACGACCAGUCUUCUGGGGCCGAUUUCGACCACACCCGAACCGCAGGAUCCAACCCACACUCACUCGUGAGAGCAAAGCGUCGUUGUUGGUACACCAUUGGCUGGGAGGUUUACUCAAAUCUUUCUAUAUCCUCCCAUGGCGCUUCUGUUUCAAGCACCGAAAGAAAUGCGACACCCCACGCACCGCGGCAACCACGGGACCAAGGACCUGCACCAAUGCUUCUAAACAUGGAGCAUCCUAUUCUGCUCACCCAUCGACAGCUCAUAUUUAUAGCAUAUCUCUGGCAGUUGUGUUACAAUCGAGACAGCGAUAAGAUUGCAACGGGGUGAGUUAGCCACGCAUAUCU